AUCAUCCGGGUGAGGUAUAGACAGGCCCAAACCAAACGCCGGCGGAGGAACAGCAGGCCGUCGAUCUCUUCUGCGCAGCGGCCGCCUGCGAUGGAGAAGGGCAAGGGCCUCGCCCGCCGAUGGGCGGUGGAGCUGCACGACGCCUCCUCCUCCGCUGUCCCCGACCCCCCGGGCUUCACCAGAUCCGCACCCGACGCGGAGGACGCCGCCGGCGCGCGCCAGCGCAAGGAGUCCGAGGCUGCAUGGAAGGGGCAGAAAGCGUGGGAGGUGGCGCAGGCGCCGUUCAAGAACCUGAUGAUGAUGGGCUUCAUGAUGUGGAUGGCCGGGAGCACCGUCCAUCUGUUCAGCAUCGGGAUCACCUUCUCCGCUCUGUGGCAGCCACUCAGCGCGCUUCGAUCCGUGGGGAAAGUUUUUGAACCAUUUAAGGACCCAAGGGUGGAUACUAUUGCUCCUAAGUUGCUCUUUAUUGCUCUCAACUUGGCUGCCAUGGGUUUGGGUGUAUGGAAGCUUAAUACAUUGGGUCUUCUUCCAACAAAUCCAUCAGAUUGGGUAUCUUCACUGUCUCCUGCUCGGGAGGUUGAAUAUGCUGGUGGAGGGAUCCCCUUAAACUAAUGUCCUUUCCCUCCCGAACUUUUACUGCUUGGAAGAUGAUCUGUACCAAGUGAAAUAUUACCCUGCAUACAGGAGAUUUUAUGUGGACAAUCUGUAUUAUUUUUCGCUGCAGUUAUACCAACUUUGCGACUGCAUACCAAUGUCACGGGAUAUCUACCGGGCCGCAACAGGCUUAGAUAAUUAUAGCUUGUUCAUUUUAA